AUGGGGGUUAAGAGCGAGAAGUCGUCUGCGUCCUACGGUAGCUUCCCGAAGAAGGGGACUGGGGACAGGAGAGAGUUCGACUUCAAGAUAUGCGACAUCAUCCUGGACACGGACGAGGAUGACCCAGUAGCUGACUUUGUCAGCGACUUGGCGAAGAACGUCAAGCGAUGGUCGAGGUUGGCCGAGCUUGAUGAAUGCUCCGUCGAGCAGGAUCACAACAGUUACGUGGCAAAGGUUCGAAUGCGAGCCCGGGGAAGCUCGAACAGUUCCAGUGUUAUCGCUUCUCUCGACGUCGCUAUGAAGGAUCUCUGUCGAGGGUUGAUGGAUGUUGAGGAGGGCAGGCGUGGACGCCUCGAAUCGUUGACUCAGCGCUCCAUUUGGGGAAUCAUUCCAAUCUCUUCGAUGUUCGAGACUUAUUGGACCGCGACGUUCUUUCGGGAUAUCAUCGAGAACAGUCCCGAGUACCUCGCGGGCCUUGCGGAGGAGUAUAUGCACGAGGGCCACCCGUACUACGUGCCUCCGCUUAUGGUGGUUUGCAUCGCGGUACUGUUCGGGAUGCAAGAAACCUUUCACUUUAUGCCGCAUCUCCUCGGUGUGAGCAUCGACACCAACCUCGAUUUGCCUCGAUUCAUGAUGGCUGCCAUACCCGCUGUCAGUAGGGUCUUCAGGUGGUUCUCGCGCCAGAGGGCCACGCGGUUCAGUUCGCCCAGUGAUGAUAUCAGCGAUGCGACGCGAGACUACGAGAUAUCCCUUGCCGACUUCAAGGGCAAAUACGAUCGUAUGCUGACCGAAUUCGCGACUAUUGACGAGACCGUCAAAGAGGAGCUGCCAGCGCGAAAGCAAGAACAAAAAGGCGCCGGGAAUCAGAGUGCAGAGGUGCAAGAUCACCAAGUUGGCCGUUACUCCGUCUUCACGACAUGGCAGAAACGGGCCAUGGUUCUGGCCGCCGCCCUCACGGCCUUCUUUUCGCCCCUCACAGCGCAAAUAUACUUGCCCGCUCUGACAGUCAUUGCAAACGACUUCGAUGUCACCAGCUCGCAGAUAAAUCUGACUAUCACGACGUACAUGGUCUUCCAAGGCAUCACGCCCAUGUUCAUCGGCUCGCUGGCCGACAGCGGCGGAAGACGACCGGCAUAUGUCGUCUGCUUCGUCAUCUACAUUGCCGCCAACAUCGGGCUCGCUCUCGCACCCAACUAUAACGCCCUCUUAGGCCUCCGGUGCCUGCAAUCCGCCGGCUCGAGUACAACCGUCGCGCUUUGCACCGCGGUGGUGGCGGACCUGGUCACCUCGGCGGAGCGAGGGCAGUACAUUGGGUUCACCGUCGUCCCGGCCGUGUUGGCUCCGGCGCUCGGCCCCGUAAUCGGCGGGCUACUGUCCCAGUACCUUGGCUGGAGAUCCAUCUUCUGGUUCCUGGUCAUCACGUCGGGCGCCACCGUCGUGCUCAUUGUGUUGUUCUUACCGGAAACAUGCAGGCAUAUUGUCGGCGACGGCUCUAUCUACCCGCCGCCUCUGUAUCGGUCGGUGUGGCAGAUUGUGACCCGUCGUCGGCGGCAGCGGGCACAGCAUGUUCAGGAUUGCGAAACGGCUAGCACAGCGACUGCUAGCAACAAGUUUAAGUUCAAGGCGCCGAAUAUCCUUGGCUCGCUUUUCAUGCUGUUUGAGAAGCAGACUGCUCUGCUGCUCUGGACCAGCAGCCUGGUCUUCGCCGGCUUCUACUGCAUCGCGUCCGCCAUGCCGUCUCUCUUCGCGGACCGCUAUGGCUACGACGAGAUCAAGGUCGGUCUGAUGUACCUUCCUCUGGCCGGCGGAUCUGUCGGCGCUGCAGCUAUCGUCGGCCCUAUGAUCAACUGGAACUACAAGCGACACUGCGUGAAGCUCGGCAUCCCCUACGACCGCUCCCGACAGCAGGAUCUUUCCAACUUUCCGAUUGAGCGUGUCAGGCUUGAAAUCGGGUUUCCCUUGCUCGCCGUCGGAGGCGCAAGCCUCAUCGCCUGGGGCUGGGCUAUUCACGCGGUUGCGCACGUUGCGGUGCUGUGCGUUAUCGGCGUCUUCAUCGGCAUCGGCAUGAUUGGAUACAGCAACGCGACCAACGUGCUUCUCAUUGACAUUCACCCAGGUAAGGCCGGCACCGCGACGGCGGCCAACAACCUCACCCGGUGCCUUGUCGGCGCGGGAGCGAGUGCCGCGGUCGUGCCGAUGAUUAACGCCAUGGGUGUCGGGGGUGCCUUUACUCUCAUUGGGGGGCUCUACUUUGUCUGUUUUCUACCGCUAUUGGCUAUACUGCGUUGGGGAAUGACAUGGCGGGCAGAAGUCAAGGCCAAGGCCGCGAAGAAGAAGCAAAGAGAGGAGGCGAAGCUGGAAGCGAGGGCGGGAGCGAGCGACUAG